UAGAAAUCAUCGCCGACAUGGGACCGGCCCUUGAAAAUUGAGUAGUGCUUACAUCGAUGUUUUGAAGUGCCGGAGCUGAUUGUUCCAGACUGGAGACCAAUUCGUUCGUCACAGACAAAGCAAUACCUGCAGAUUGAGCAGAUCAUCUGAGCUCCAAAAGACAGACAGCCGUUGUUCUAUCUUCUAGUACGCUUCUCAGAGCACCCGCAACGCUCUCACAUUCGUUCAAUAUGUCUCUCCCAACAGAGGGUUCCGAAAGGUCGUCUGCGAACUACGAUAUCAUCUGCGUGGGCUUCUCAAUCGAGGGACUCGCUCUAGCUGUGUCGCUCGCAGAUCGCAAGACACAACACAAAAUCCUCUUUAUCGAUCGCAAUGCUGGAUUCAAAGCCGGACUUGGCUUCCACAAUACUGAGGAUCAUGCUGGAUCGCUGUUCCUAAAGGAUCUCAUCACACUGCAAAACCCAAAAUCAGAAUUCACAUUCAUCAACUAUCUUCAUGAAUCUCGGCUUCUUAUCGGCUUCACGAACGUGUCGCAGAUGAAGCCGUCUCGAGUUCUACUAGAAAACUAUCUCCGAUGGGCAGCCAAGAAAAUACAAGCUCUUGGAUGGGUCUCUUUUCAAUCCGAGGCAAUCACUGUGAACCCGAUCCGAUCGAACUCCACUAAGUCCUUCGACUCAUGGGAGUUGAGGGUCCGUGAUAACAGCACUGGCCGCAUUGAGUUACUUCAAACACAGAAACUCAUGGUAACUACGAGAGCACCGAAGUCAAUAUCAAGCAUAAUGCAAGGCGCGAGCUUGCGCGAAAAUGUGCUUCUUAUGCAUCAAUUCGAGAAAUCUCAGAAGGCCAUCGAGCAAACUCAGCGACCACUCAACAUUGCUGUACUUGGAUCAAGUCAGCAAGCUGUUGAAUGCUUCCAAGAAAUCGUCUCCGGGCAGGGAGAUAAUCGGGCUUGCAUGAUCUUUCCAGGCUCAGCCUUACGAGUCGAAGACAGUACUCCUUUUGUACAAGCCUUGAUCGAUGGAGAUGGACUUCGCAACCCAUACAAGAAGCUUCCACCUGAGAUUCGCCAGCAAAUGCUCGCAACGACAGUAGCUUCAGUUUUCCCGACAGUCAACCUCGAGACCCUCGAGAGUUUGUACGCGACUCUGUAUCUACAGCACGUACGAAGCAAUGAUGCCUCGCAGCAUCGCUUCAUGCUUCAUCCUUUCAGCCAAAUCAUCCGAGCAUCGAAGACGGCCCAAGGCGUUCUUCUUCACAGCGUUGACGUCAGAACCGGCGAGGCGCAGACUCCGCUUGGACCUUUCGAUUUCUUGCUCACCGAGGUCUAUCGGGACGCUCGCCAAGGACCUAAAAUUCUUGCGCCCAUACGUCCGCUGCUCGAGAAGCAGACUUUGACCGUCGACUCUGAAUACAAUGUGAACUUCCAUAGGAACACGUUCUCGUCGGGCUCCGGACUGUGGAUGUUGGGCUCUCUUGCCUCCCAGAAUAUGCGCAGAGAUGAUCUCUCUAUUCUUGCCGCUUCGGCUCACAGGGCGGUAUCAAGUAUCACGAGGAAAUUCGAAGCAUCAGAUGCGAGCGAGGCUGAGACACAGUCUCGGUUGUGAGAAGCUCGCAGCCGGAUUUGCAGAGUCAUGCCAUGCGCAUUUGGAGUAGAUAGCGGCUUGCCAUUUGUUUGUGAUGAGAGAAACGGCACAGCGAAACAAUCGCAGUAUUCUGGAGAUCUUGGUGUCAACAAUUUCGUCUCGUAUCAAUUGAGCAGUGUAUUCAUUCCUGCCAUUAAUUACGUAUCUUGUGCCUUCAUUUAUUUAGUUGCGUGAGACCUGAGGCAACGUAGCCAUUGUGAUAUCACCAAGAUAUAUUCCAGAGCUAACAGAAUGUUUUGCGCGUAACACAGCGAGCACAUGGACAUCGACAUGAAUAAGGACUACAACUUGGCUGAGCGCUGUUCAAUAAUCUUAGAAGCAAGAUCGCGCAGCGCAAAUUUCUUCACUUUGCCACUGCCCGUGAUCGGGACCUCCUCCGGCACACCAUCCUCACCCAGCCAGAAGAUGAAGACAGGAA